GUUUUCCCCCAGCAAGGAGCAACAUCGAGAGGUGAGCUGACUGCUUUCUGACUUCAAACUUGGAAAAUACAACUCAACUCUCCUCUGUUCAAAUUGGUCUAGAAAGGGUCAAACAUGGCUGCAGGAAACACCAGCUGAAGCUAAACAUAUUACAGUAAACGCAGUAAGGAGUGCCUCUCAAUACUCAAAGCAGUGGAGAGCUGAGGACGCAGCGAGCGCCACCAACCACCAUGAUCGACCUGAGCUUCCUGACGGAGGAGGAGCAGGAGAGCAUCCUGGCUGUGUUAAAAAGAGAUACUAAGCUGAAGAUGGCUGAGGAGCGGCGUGUCCAGAACCUGCAGAAGACUGUGAGUGACAAAGGCCAGCUGAGGUACAUGACUGGAGAAUGGUUCUACGAGACCAAGCAGCUGCGUCAUCAGGAUCGCAUCCAUGGCUCCGAGAUCAUCAGGGCCUCCAUGAGACACUCGCAUAAACCGCUGACUAUACUGGAACUCUCCCAGAUAAUGCCUGAGAAGCCCAGUUUUGUCAGCAGUGAAAAUAAAGAAGUGUUCGUCCCCCCUGUACUCUGUGGAGUCCUGCAAGAGCCACACAUUCAGCUCAGCAAUGAAAGGUAUCAAAACCAGAAGCAGUUUGAAAGACCACAAUAUGCAACUAGAGCAGUUUCACAGUCACCCACAAAGCAAAGAAAAAAUCCGUUCAACAGUGACGUCAUUGCAAAACACACUUUUGAAGAAAAGGACAGUCAGCUACUGGACGGAGCAGAGGAUCAAACCCAGACUCUGAAUGAGGAGCCUUUAUUAUCAUCUGAUAGCUGCCUUUCUUAUGCUAGUUACCCUAAUGAUAGCCUGAUCACCCAGAAUGCAUCUGUUCCCAUGCCAAUGCCUGAAAACAGAGGAGUCAGCACCAGUUCUUUUGUUGAGGAAGACUGGCCAGGAGAUCCGCAGACUAACUCUGCUGCUCUGCGCGGCAUCCUCAAGCACUUGUCCACUUCGAGCUCCACAGACUCCCUGUUCUCUCGCCUGGACCUGCAGAGUCCAGUUAACCUCAAUUCUCCCACUGAGACCUGUAUAGACAGGAAGCAGGUGAGGUUCAGCUCCGUGGUUGGUGCAAACGAAGUGGAGUGGCAAGAUAGGAAGGAGCUGGAAGAGCACAGUUUGCUGGACAUCGACUCCAUCACUCCCUCUGGGACAGAAAACAAUAGUGACCUUGAGAAUAUUGGCACUACCACUGUGGGCACACAAAGGCCUUCGAUCAAUCAGAGUGAAGUGGAUUCACAGGAAGGUGAACUCAAUUGCAAAAAUGAGGCAAACCUCCAAGAGCAAGAAGCUGGUCAACAGGUCCUUGGUGAUGUCUCUGAGCACUGUCAUUCAGAGUUCCUAAGCCCUGCAGUGUCCAGACUGGUUUCUGCUGAGCAGAACUCGGGUAAGCCUGUUCACCUGGAGACAGAGCCUGAAGAUGACCGUCACUCUCGGGCUAAGGCCACCGACUGGCCAAUUGGAUUCAACAUUCAGCCCAAAAAUAUGCCGGAACGAAGAACUGACAUUUCUGCUGAGGACCCCUCAGAUACCAAGCUGUCUACUUGCAGCUCAAGGGGUUCAUCUCAUGCUGUUUCACCAAAGCCUAGACAAAGACUGCUUGGAAUUUUUAGAAGAGAGAAAGAGAAAACUGAAGAAGUGCAGAAUCCACAAAAAGAAGAGGAGACGAUACCUCAGCAGAAAGAACAAGGCAGAACCCAGAAUAUCUCUCAUUGUGCUGUAGAGACUACUGUAGACAAACAAGAAGCUAAACCCUCUGAGAUGGCAGAGGUCAGAACACUACAACAUGAAGCUCUGCAGAACACUCCGUCUAAAGAAACAAUGGCAUCAGUAAGUGCAGACAAUCAACAGGAGGCAAGAGAAGGCAGAGUUGUUCAGCUUCCAGAGAGACUAUACAAUCUGAAAGCUUUCUGGGAGAGAGAAAACAGUGGUCCCAAAAUAAUGUUUACCAGAGAAGAGACAAGGCGCAAAGACGUCCCCAAGGAAGGAUUAGAGACUUCACAUGGUCAUCUGUCUAACUCUGAUGUGGGGAGUAUAGGCAACAAUCUCUCACCUCAAAUGGAAAUGAUAGGUGAGGAUACUGCUGGCUUGUCCCAAGAAAAGAUUUUGUCACCACAGACCGACUGUAGCUUCUCAGUAGAUGUAUCUAAAGAAGAUGGCACAUACAGAGCUAAUCCAGUCCUCAUCUAUGAAGACACAGAUGUCUUUUUAACAGGUUCAAUAAUAGAGUCACAGAUUCCGGAGCCACAGAAAAAUGCCAUCACUCCUGUACCUUUUUAUGUAGCCUUCAACACCCAAAAGCAACAGAGCGAUAUUCCAGUUCCACUUCCCAGGAAAUCUAGUUCCAGUCCUCAAGAAGACAGGCCAGCCAAGAUCAGUGAAGUUAAGCAUUACUUGGAGAAAGAGUAUACAGAACCCAGGGUAAUCGCUACAAGAGUCAAGGAAGCCUCACUCAGUUCCCCACUGUCUUAUCUGACAACAUCCUUAGAUACUAGAGAGAAGUAUGAGGGAGAGUCCCAAACGUGUCCAUACAAAACCAAGUCCAAUGUUGUCUUUAAAUCAUUAAAAGUGAAAGACAAUGGUUUUGCCACUCAGAGUCCAGACAGCUCAGAGCUGAGGAGUUCUGAUAGUACUGGGGAUGUAGAGUCAACAUGUCCCCAAACUCCAAGAUCAAAAGACCAUGAGGACGAGGUAAGAGGUCCAUCCAAGACCUGCCUUCCAAGGGUCCUACCUAGAGAAUCCUCCAGUCCAAAGAGAUCCAAGCUGGAAGGCUCUCCCUUGAAAACUUUUCCAAUAGACAUCAACCCCCAAACUAAGGUUGUUGAAGAACAACAUAGGAAGCCAACACCAAUUCCAAGACAGAAGAAGAGUCCCUCACAUGAAGCAAUGCAGACAGUGUUGACAGACACUAACCCAAGCACAGACAUCACCUCUCGUCCUCUCCCUUUACGUCCAGAGGACAUAGGGCCGCAGUGUUGUAAUGUCAAUACACAACAAAGUAGUCCAAGCUCUUCUACUUCACCACAAUCCAAAAAAGCUUCAGAGAAGAAGUUGGGGACCUUUACAUGCCUUGCCAGAUCUUUCAUCCCUCAGGAUUAUCAGCACUACCUGGGGCCACAGGAGCAGGCCCAUGUCCCUCUGUUUCACACAGAUACCUCUGUUGAAGAGAAGGAUGUGGGACACAUACCACAGAAUGUCCUCAGAGGUUUUGUGGGAAACCAGAGCAACAGUCCCACUGAGGGGAAUCCUCCCAGAAUCAGUUCUUGGAUUGUACAAAAUAAAGAUGGAAACUCGAGCCAAAACACAACGACCAGGGCCUGGUCUCUGUCUCGGCCAAGUUCAGGCAGUUAUGAUGACACUUCUAGUCCCAUCAUUGCAGCCUUUAAACGAUUAUCUUCAAGGAGCAUGUCUUCAUCUAAAAGUCUGGAAAACCUCUCCUCACAAACAAGAGAAGAGAAGACCCAAAAUAACUCAAGAGAACAAAUUAAUCAAAGUGUGGAUAACGUCUCUACUCUUUCCAACUCAAAGCAGAUGAAGACCAGUGUGUCAGUGACUGCUCUUCAGCAAGACGAGGCAGACAGUGACAGCACCUUUGAGACCAACUUGGGCUGGAGAAGAAACGCAGGCAGCUCCACGUCUAACUUAAGUCUCUCCUCUGGAAUGGCCUCCAUGUCUUCUGUCAGUGGCAGCAACAGCAGCAUCUACCCUGCAGACUUUGGUGAUAUUGAAGUCCAGGGAAGCAUCCAGUUUGCAGUGAACCACAUCCAGAAGCUUGGAGAGUUUCACAUAUUUGUGGUGCGCUGCAGGGAUCUUGCCGUGGCGGACCCUAAGAAGAACUGCUCUGACCCGUAUGUGAAAUGUUACCUUCUUCCUGAUAAAACAAAGUUAGGAAAGAGAAAAACCACAGUAAAAAAGAAGACUUUAAACCCCACCUACAAUGAAAUCCUCAGGUUUAAAAUCAUAAUGGAAGGGUUGAAGACUCAGAAGUUGAACAUCUCAGUGUGGCACAACAACACUUUUGGGCGGAACAGUUUCCUUGGCGAGGUGGAGCUUGAUUUGUCGGAGUGGGACUUCAGCAACACACACAUAAAUGAAUAUGCACUAAAAGCCAGGAUCUUAGCACAAAGUCCACCCUUGUCUCCCUCGCGUCUGAUGACAGACGAUGGCAGAGGACAGAUGAGAUUCGCACUGAGAUUCCUGCCACAGACGUCUCACAGUAAGAGAACAUCUAGGAUGGAGACUGGUGAGGUGCAAAUGUGGGUGAAAGACUGCAAGAAUCUUCCUCCAGUCAGAGGAGUUAUUAUCGACCCAUUUGUGAAAUGCACCGUACUUCCUGACACAAGCCGGAAAAGCCGACAGAAGACGCGGGUGGUGAAGAGGACGGCCAACCCGAUGUUCAACCACACCAUGGUGUACGACGGCUUCCGACCAGAGGACCUCCGGGAGGCCUGUGUGGAGGUCACAGUGUGGGAUCACGACCGACUGAACAACCAUUACAUCGGCGGUCUGAGGCUUGGGUUGGGGACAGGGAAGAGUUACGGGGUGGAAGUGGUUUGGAUGGAUUCGACGACAGAUGAAGCAAAUAUAUGGCAGAGGAUGUUACAGUCUGAUGGUGAAUGGGUGGAGGAUGUUUUGCCUUUGAGAAUGUUGGUAAUGGCAAAAAGCAUGUCAAAGUGAGAUUGUAUAAAAUUAAUUGAAAAAUGUGUGUACACAUUAUGGGAGCACAGCAUACACAUGGGAUGGAUCUACAAACUAUACACAGAGUGGAAGCAACAGCCUUAAUGAGCAGUGUGUGUCUGUAGCUUUAUAAUAUAUGUAUGAUAAAUUAAUAAACAAGGUGCUUUGGUUUUUGUAGCUCAAACCACAUUUAAAAUUUGUCAUCUCAAAAAUGUAAUUAUUUUAUUUAGAAAUAAUAUACCAAAUAGGGCAGAAGAUAAAUCCAAGUUAUUAAAUAUAUACAAAUUGUUUUGAUCUGAGCACUAAUGAUUUGUAUAUAAUCCUGUUGUUCAAUUAUGUGAUUACUGCAUCAAGUAAUUCUAUCUUCA